GAAAGCCGACCGCCUGGCGCCCGUUCAGAACUGCAGGAGCAUGGAGGCGCCCGCGAACUCCCGGGACCAACGCUGCGAGGGGCCCCCGGAGUCUGUGCUGUGCCGCGGCUGCGUGGAGCCGCUCGUCUUUCUCGCCAACUUUGCCUUGGUCUUGCAGGGCCCGGUCACUACGCAGUACCUGUGGCACCGCUUCAGUGCCGACCUUGGCUACAAUGGCACCCGCGACAGGGUCAGCUGCAGCAACCACAGCGUGGAUCCCACCGCGCAGGAAGUGGAGACUCUUACCUCCCACUGGACCCUCUACAUGAAUGUCGGCGGCUUCCUGGUGGGACUCUUCUCCUCCCUGCUGGGCGCCUGGAGUGACUGUGUGGGCCGCCGCCCGCUGCUGGUGCUGACCUCCCUCGGCUUGCUGCUCCAGACCCUGGUGUCCAUCUUUGUGGUACAGCUGCAGCUCCAUGUUGGCUACUUUGUGCUGGGCCGCAUCCUUUGUGCCCUCCUCGGCGAUUUCAAUGGCCUCCUGGCUGCUGGCUUUGCCUCCGUGGCAGAUGUCAGCUCCAGCCACACCCGUACCAUCCGAAUGGCCCUGCUGGAAGCAUGCAUCGGGGUGGCGGGGAUGCUGGCAAGCCUUAUCGGAGGCCACUGGCUUCAGGCGCAUGGUUUUGCUAACCCCUUCUGGCUCGCCUUGGCCUUACUGAUAGCCAUGACUGUCUAUGCAGCAUUCUGCUUUGGUGAGACGGUGAAGGAGCCCACACCUGCCCGGCUCUUCACACUCCGUCACCACCGAUCCAUUGUCCAGCUCUAUGUGACCCAGGCUCCGGAGAAGUCCAGGAAGCAUUUAGCCCUGUACUCCUUGGCCAUCUUCGUGGUGGUCACUGUGCAUCUGGGGGCCCAGGACAUCCUGACCAUCUAUGAGCUGAGCUCACCCCUCUGCUGGGACUCUAGGCUGAUCGGCUAUGGCUCUGCGGCUCAGCAACUCCCCUACCUCACCAGCCUGCUGGGCCUGCGGCUUCUGCAGCACUGCCUGGCCGACAGCUGGGUGGCUGAGGUCGGCCUGACCUUCAACAUCCUGGGGUUGGUGGUCUUUGCCUUUGCUACCAUCACCCCCCUCAUGUUCACAGGGUACGGGCUCCUCUUUCUGUCGCUGGUCAUCACUCCUGUCAUCCGGGCCAAGCUGUCCAAGCUGGUGAGCGUGUCUGAGCAAGGUGCUCUCUUUUCCGCCGUGGCCUGUGUGAAUAGCUUGGCCAUGCUGCUGGCCUCCGGCAUCUUCAACGCGCUCUACCCGGCCACCCUGAACUUCAUGAAGGGGUUCCCCUUCCUCCUGGGCGCUGGCCUCCUCCUCAUCCCCGCCCUCCUGAUUGGGAUCCUGGAAAGGGCUAAUCAUUGCCGUGAAUUCCAACAGUUUUCCCAGAGCCCCUGAUCGGCCUGGACCAGAGGACAGAGGGCAAGAGGCAGCAACGUGAGCACUAACCAACUGGAAGGAUCCCAGCCCCCAGCAGCAGCAGCAGCAGCUCCCCCCGCAGGGCAGGGUUCGCCUUGGACCAGGUGGUCAAGCUAGACCACGGCCCCCACCUCAUCCACAGCCGUGCCACUAGGAUCUGAAAUUGUAACCCAGACAGUCCCGCUCCAGGGCAGGCAGGGGGGGAGCCAUUUGGAACAGGAAUCUGUUUACCCUUUAGGCCGUCAACCACAGAGACCUCGCCAAGAGGGGAGGAGAGGUCAGGCUGGAGGGCCUGGAGGGACUGGCACCUCCCCUUCCAACCCCAACUGCACAGUUCAUGGCGAGCAGCCACCAGUCACUGCUUGGUGAUGAAAAUGGUACCCGGUCAGUGUCGGCAGUGCAGGGAGGGGCUUGGUGCCCCCUGGGGAGAGGGUGCUGCUGUCUCUGGCUGAGAAUCUAUCUCCUGGGCUUUGCAGUGCCAAUCAUAAUAAGAAGUCAGUAUAACUGCCCGGCAAAUGAACCUUCUGGCCCCCAAGGCAUUGGGCCUGGGUUGCUGGGGGGGGUCCCUUUGUCUUCCUGUUCCCAGUUUGGCCAUCAUAGGUCAGGCAGCAGCAGCUGCUGCUGGGAUGGGCAGGAGCCCCUGAGUUGCCAUGGGACUGGUACUGGGCAUGGCCAGCCCAGAUCUCACCUGCCCACCCUUUAUCGUCUCCUGAGCUGCUCGGAGGCAAAGGCUGCCACGCUUGCCUCAGGCCAGCAGAGCGGCUCCGGGCAGAGCCCUGGCCACUCGUUCCUCAGGGUCAGAGGUCCACUGCCUGAUGUACCGGUCUUCCAGCUACACCAGCCCAAGUAGAGUCAGAUUUUGGUACCAGUCAGCCCUCGAGCAGCUCCUCGUGCUGGGCCUUUCAGCGGGGCCAUGUGCUGACCCUCCCUCAGGCAUCUGUAGGUCAGCGGGAACCUGGAGAUGGGCCCAGCUCCCCAGAGAACAAGGGGCCCAUUUCUCGAGCAGUAGGCAAGCCUGGACCUAAAGUUGAAAGGCAAGAUUGGAUUUGGUAUUAAGGCACUGGCUUCGAUGAGGGCCAGAAGCCCCCAAGCAAAUUAGGUGGUCUUUGACUCCUCGAAACAGUUGGCCACAAGCAUGGCCCCUUGCUCGUCUUUUCCCCUCGUUCUCUCUCACCUGCCCUGCCAGCCAGCCUCCCGCCUAGAAAUCACACAGGUAAAGGGGGAGGCCUGGGGCAGACCAGGGUCUGCUGUGGCCCUCUGAGCCUGGGCGUGUUUCCAGAUUCCCAUCUCACUGCCCUCUGUCACGAAGAGACCAAAGCAAGGAGAAUGCCCUCUGCUGACUGUCCUGGUGGUGCGGAUGACAGUGGGGAGGCGCUGGGCGAGCCUCAGGCCCAGGCUGUGCUCUGCUUCAGGCUCGGGUGGGGCCUCGAGCAAGGCCCUCUGUGCCAGGGGCUAGAUCAGCCUUGCCCCUAAUUGUCUGAUCUUGGAGGGACAAGUCAGGAAACACUACAUUAAAUAAUGUUCUAAGAUCCUUCCUAUCUCAGACA